AUUCACACAGUUUUAACACUAAACAAAACAACAACUUAAAUAUUAUGCAAAUAACUUCAUUCAACUAAAACUCAAAGAAUAAAAACAUCGAAUUCAAAAAUACAAAAACUCUUCGUUAUUGGCUAAUACGUUUUUUUUUUAGUAAACUCAUCUCCUAUACAAAUCACUCAAAUACUAAGUAAUUCGUGCAUACAUGCCUGCACUCAAAAGCUUAAAUUUGUGUUCAAAAAUUCCUGUGCGAAAGUGAUAAGAGUAACUAAAAUUAAAUCUAAGAAAAACUAUCCCAACCAUCUCGUUGGUACAGUGCGGUUCAUGACGGUGCAGUUUAUAUUUCCAAAAAAAAAAAAAGCUAACAAACUAAAUGAGCUAAAAAUAAUUGCUAACAAAACUUACUACUAGUUAAAAAAACCAAAUCCUAAUACUACUUACUCGCAUCUACUCGUACAUACUACAAACACAUUUUCACAUACACCGUAUUUUUAUGGGCAUUCGUAUGUGUUUGACUAGAAAUCACCAAGCAACUUAUAAGAACUGAAGUCACGCCGUUGAAAUGAGCAUUCAUAAAAUAUCCUGCCAUUAAAUGAAGAUUGAAUUGCAUCCCAAUACAAAAAUUUCAGAAAAUAAUUUUGUGUAGACAGAAUUUCCAGCGAAUGUAUGUGUGCAUGUAAAUCUUGGAACCAGUAAGCAUGCACUCGAUUUGGCUUAACAAAGAAAUAAUCUCCCGAUUACAAUUAUACUAAAAACGGUAAACCUAACCAAUAGCGGCAAUAAGAACAACAAAACUGAAAUUGCCAGUAAUAAGAAGUAAAUCAAAAGGGCAUCAACAAACGGGCUUUUACAACUAUUUUUCCCCUUAAUUGAGUACAUGAAGCUCAUACGAAAACAACACACACAUAGCAGCAACAAUAAUUGUGUUCGGCCAUUUGCUCUCUCUUUCUGUUUCACAUUAUUACCAUACGUAUAAUACUCGCUCCUCUCUCGUCGUACUAUACAACACAUCUUAUGCACCGAAUGCAACUGAUGAGUGCAAGAGAAAAAGUGCUAACUGCAUAUUAUUGGAUAUGUGAAAUAUGUGUGUUUGUGUAAGUAGAGCGAUUAAAAGUUGUUGCAACAACAAAAGCAACAAAGGCUGGAAAGAAGUGCUGAACAAUUGCAACAACAACAACAACAACACGAGCAGCGAGACAAAUGCAAGCGUGAAGAGGAAAGCAUUGGUUAACUGUAAAGGUAUAACGCUCAGAGAUAUAAAGGAUCAACAACAAGUGCUACAACAACAGCAGCAACUAUUUAUGGUACUCACAACGGCGAAACAUAAAACAAAUUUAUGUCGGUGAAGAAGUGUUGGCAUUGGCAACUGCAACAGCAACAGCAACAGCAACAACAUCGGUAAAACGAAAAAAGCGAGCAAAAGGAAAGUACGAAGUAGAAAAAGCAGCAACACGAACGCAAGCAACAGUUAAGCGAAUAAAUUCAAAACAUACAAUUUAUUUACGGAGCAAAGCGUAGGAGAGCAAUAAAGUAAAGGCAGCGUUAAAGUGUGUGCAAUACAACGAGCAGAAGUAAGAAUUAGAGUGAGAGAGAAAUAGGGUUAGCGAUAGUCCGCUAACACGCCAAAAAGAAGAGAGUGCUCAAGUUGGAAGCAAGUUGAUCAGCAACACGGCGUACAUACAUUUAAAUAAGCAACAACAACAAUAGCAAAAGCAGCAGCACAGGAGCAGUAGCGGAAAAAACAAUCAGCCGUUGUCAUGAGGAUCAUCGCACCAUUUCGGGCCCUGGUCUUGGCCCAUUUGUUCUAUUGCGUAGCACCAGCUGGUGAGGCUGAUUACACUCUGGAUGAUUCUUUUUGGAAUGAAGAAAGUCCUGUUGGUGAAGUGGAACGCCUCCUUAAGGAGUAUCGUCAAAAUCAGGAAUUAGUACGCCGUAUCGGCGGUCAUUAUUAUCAAAUCAUUUAUCCGGUGCAGCUGCGGCACCACGAAAAGAUGGGCAUAUCAACCCGUGAAGUGAGCCCACCUAAGCCGGGUCAGCGUCCACGACCCCAUGAGGAUGGCGGCUUUAGCAGAGGCAGAACAAAGAAACACUUUCAUCGCACCUCACUCUUAAUUAAGGCCUUUAAUCAUAAGUUUCGCUUAGACUUGGAAUUAAAUUCGCAACUUUUAUCACCAAAUAUACAACAAAAACAUUACCAUGUGAGUGGUUAUCAGGUGGAUGGUAAUCGGCAUGACAUUGAGCAUUGCUAUUACCAUGGCACCGUUAAGGACUACCCUGGUGCUAGCGCCGCCUUCCAUACGUGCAAUGGUGUCAGCGGCGUCAUACACAUCGGCAACGAAACGUUCGUUAUACAUCCCUUCUAUGGAGGCGAUCUUUCGAAGCAUCCGCAUGUGAUAUUUGAGGCACGCACUAAAGCCAAUAAAGGAUGCGCCAAUUCGGGUAAUUUAGAAACGUGGCGUUUGUCACGUCGCACGAAACAUCUGUCCGCCGGUGUUAUCGAUGAAAUUCAUCCGAACGGUGCCGGUCGUUAUAAGCGUGAUGUACGCGAAGCAACAAAAUACAUCGAAACGGCCAUUAUUGUGGACCAAGCGAUGUAUGAGAAACGUAAUGGCAGUACACGUGCCGAAGUCAUACACGACGCAAUACAGGUGGCGAAUAUCGCCGAUUUGUACUUUCGCACACUAAAUACCCGCGUAUCAGUGGUGUACAUUGAGACGUGGGGUAAAAAUCAAGCGGUCAUCGAUGGCAGCAAAGACAUCAGCAAGGCCAUAUCGAAUUUUAACGAUUACACAUCGCGAAAUCUAUUCCAAAUCGAACGCGAUACAACGCAAUUGCUGACCGGCGAGACGUUUGCUGGCGGCGAAGCGGGCAUGGCUGUGCCGGAGACGGUGUGUACGCCCCGUGCGAUUGGCAUCAGCGUCGAUAUUAAUGUGUAUGAGCCACAUCUGUUGGCGGGCACAAUGGCGCAUAUGAUUGGCCAUAAUAUCGGCAUGGGUCAUGAUGAUGGACGUGAGGAGUGCUUCUGUCGUGACUGGCAUGGCUGCAUAAUGGCCCAAUCGAUUGUUGGCCAGGAGAAUGUGCAGCCUUAUAAAUUCUCCGAAUGUAGUAAAAAAGAUUUUAUCGAUGCGUUACGCACCGGACAUGGGUUGUGUUUACUCAAUAAGCCAAAUGAGAUCGAAAUGCGUCGCAAUUGUGGCAAUAAGAUCGUCGAAGAGGAUGAAGAGUGCGAUUGUGGCACAAUUGAGGAGUGUGCCUUGGAUCCAUGUUGUGAUGGGAUCACAUGUAAACUGAAAUCGGAGGCACAAUGUGCCGGCGGCACUUGUUGUAAUGAAUGUCGCCUACGUCCUAAAGACUAUGUAUGUCGCGAUGCGCUCAACGAAUGCGAUCUACCCGAGUAUUGUGAUGGUGAAAGUGGUCACUGCCCAAUGGAUGUGUUUCGAAAAAACGGUUCACCGUGUGGACACUCAAAAGCAGGAGUGUCAUCAGGUUAUUGCUUUCAAGGUGACUGUCCCACCUUGAAUUUGCAAUGCGAAGCGAUUUGGGGUUAUGGCGGUUUGGCAGCAGAUCGUCAAUGUUAUGAGCAAUUCAACUCGAAGGGUUCGAUUAAUGGUCAUUGUGGGCGUGAUGCCAAUGAGCAUUAUAUUAAAUGUGAACCAGAAAAUGUGCAAUGCGGCACACUGCAAUGCAAGGAGGGUGAGCGCCAGCCUGUGAACGAUGGUAUUGAUCAACUUUAUUCAAGUACAAUUAUCUCAAUCAAAGGCAUGGAAUAUACGUGCAAAGCGACAAGCGGUCAAGUGGGCGCCAAUGAGUAUCCGGAUCACGGUUUGGUUAAGGAUGGUACGCCAUGCGGUAAUAAUUUGAUUUGUCUGAAUCAGACUUGCGUCAGCAUAUUUCCACACAUCGAUCAAACGAAAUGCCCAACAGAUUCACAAGGAAAAGAAUGUUCAGGACGUGGGGUCUGCACCAAUACAAAUCGCUGUUUUUGCGAUAUGGGUUGGGGCGGCAUCGACUGUAGCCUUGUAGUUUUACUGACCACACCACUGCCAACGGAAGCGCUGCCAACUGCGGAAAACACUAUCAAAAUGGAGAAGAAGGAGACACCAUAUGAGAACUACCACGGCUCAAAUACAGUAUUCCUGGUCGGUGUACUAAUGUCAGUUGUUGGGUUCGUUUUUGUUACUUUCACCUUGAUGGCACUGUGCUACAGGUCAGUUGUAGUACAUAGAAACUUCUCCCUGUGUCUGAGACGCAAAACCACUACUAUGAAGUAUGAUCCGCCAUACUCGAAAAAACCCAUCGCCAAGGGCUAUACCAGCGCCGCAGCCACUGCCGCAAAUCAUCACUCGGUCGAGGAGGUUUCACUGGACGGUUCCAGCAAAUUGGUGUAUGCCAAUCAGGCAGGCUUCAGGGAUAAAAGUAUACAUGGCCGUCGUUAUACUGGCGGCGGUGAGGACGAUCAAGCACACUCUGAAAAGGGUAUAUUGAAGAAGCACAGUUAUGGUCUUGUGCAUAAUGAACAAUUGAAGGAUAAAUGGGGCGACGAUGUACAGUCCGACAAUCUCGAGCUUAUAACACAACAGGAUGGUGCGCUUGGCGCCUCCACCAGCGGUGGAGCGGCGGUCUCCGAAGUAGAACGCACACUGAAGUCGCUCAACGGCUAUCACGAAGAUAUAUUGGAGGCAUUGCGUAAUGCGGCCUCACAUCGCGGCACCGCCACCGGUAAUACGCCAGUCGGUAGCGGUAGCCUGAGUGAGGAGAUGCUACGCAAAACACUGCAAGACUGCCAAAGUGCACAGCUCGGCUAUAGUGUGGAGCCGUAUAAACGUACGAGCGGUUCCAAGUCGAGUUCACGCGAAAACAUCUGCGAUCCAGCACAAGCACAUAUGCUAAUCGAAAGUGCGGGUCUUGGUGGGCAUGCUGGAGCCAUAUUGCAUCAUCAUCGGUCGCAGCAUCAACUGCAUCAGCCGCCACCGUCGAUGCAACAGCAGCAGCAACAACAACAACAACAGCCACCGCUGGACGAUGAUGAUGCACCGUCGACCGGACCGUUGCGUAUACGCAAUCUAGAGGAUCUGAUACGACAACUGGAGCAUCAUUCGUCGCGUCACAUGAGUCCUAGCGGCUCCGAGGACAUUCGAAUGUCCGAAACGGAGGCCGAUCGUCAUUAUAGAUUAGAUAGUUCCGCCGCUUGUAGUGAAUCCUCGCAAGGCUCAAAUCAGCAAUUAGCACAAUCACAGAAAACUGCAACAAUACAUCCGUCUUACAGCAGUCGUUUGCGCCCGCGCUCCGACGAGGAGUCGCGCUUCGCCUACGGAAGGUACAGACAUCCCCAAGCAGCUAGUAGACAUCCAUCGCAUCAAUCGCACUCACCUCAUGCUUUCGGCCACCAUACGCAUCAUUCGCACGCCCACGGUCAUGCUACGCACGGCCCACACUCAUCACAUCACUCGUCGCAUACACACCUGCACCAGGACGACGAGGGUAUAUACGAGAGUGCCGACCAUCAUGAACGUUCGGUGGUAGAGGCACGUCUCGAUCCGCGUGAAACACCCGAUAGUGAGAGUGAUGACUUUAUUCAAGCUCAACAACAGUUAGCCCGGUGGGCGAGUGAGGAUGUGGUAUCCGUCGUGGUAUUGGAUCAACCGCAAUCCGGCACAAUGUCGGAUUCCCAACAAUCCAGCGGCGUCGGACCAAUGUCAACGGCUACAACGAGUACCGUUAUACAUCAUCAACAUCCGCACCAGCACCACGGCGAGCAUCCAUCCUCGGCAGCGGCCUCAGCAGCGGCAUCUGCGGCGGCGGCGGCGGCGGCAGCAGCAGCGGCAGCCAACAGCAACUCUAUAAUGGGUUUGGGGGGAAUCGUGCCAAAUGGUAUAAAUGUAAAUCAGAGGGACUAUUACCCCUCGCCACCCUCAACGGAGACGGAAAGCAGUGGAAGUGUUAUCCAACCGCUCAGCCGUCGUUUGCCUAUGCCAGCCGAUACCGGUCAACAACAGCUGCAGCAUCAGCAUCAGCAGCAGCAAGCGCAAUUAAUGCAUCAACAUCAAAUGCAUCAGCAUCAGCAGCAGCAGCAAAUGCAGCUGUUGCAGCAGCAAGGCGACACCACCAGCAGCAGCAACAACAGUCAAUCAGGACAAAUAAUGGAGAAUGGUCGAUAUCCGGAAUAUAAACACUGAUCAUAAUGUCAAUGCCAACAUGAGCAAAACGAACAGCAGCACCAACUACAGCAGCUAUAGCAGCAGCAACAGCAACAACAACAAAAACAACAGCAAUAUCAAUAACAACAACGCACGUUGCCAUUAUAGCAACACUAAUAAUGAUAGUAAUAGAAUAUAAUCGUAAAAUUCACAUACAAUUCACAAAGCAAUAAGUAAAACCGAAGCGAAAGCAAAAACCAGAAGGCGAAAUUUUGUUUCAAAAUACAAGAAAUUGCGAAAGAAAAAUGUUGUUGUAAAAAAUAUUGGCAUUGGCAAAAAUUAUAAAAAGGUUGAAUUUGUUAUAAUGACUUGCGCCGCUCGCUAGCAAUGCUAAAACGAACGACAAAAUAGGCGCGCGACACGAGACGAACACUAACGAAGCGAAACGAAGCGAAACGAAACGAGGAAAUGAGCGAAUGAGAUAUCGACCGAAACCCAGCAAUGUGAUUUUAUACAAAGUAGCAUUUUAGGUUAUGUAUAUGAAUUAAAUAAAUUGCAAACAAAAUUUAAAUUGGUAAAAUAUAAUUGAAUUAAAUUGAACUAAAUUAAUUUAAAAUUAAAAAUUCUAUUAGGAAAAUAAUUCUCAGCACAAGAAUUUGCCAAAAAAAAUUAAUAUAUUGAACAAAAAUCAAAACCCAAAACAUUGCGCAACUAAAUUAAGUAAACUUUACAAAAAAUAUGAACAAAAAACAAAGAGGCAAACAAACUUUUGUGCACUUGAAACAGUUGAAUCGUGAAUUUAUUACAAACAGAUAAAAAUGCAAAUUAGUAUUAACAAAAAAAAAAAAAAAAAAAAAAAAAAAAAAAAAAAAAAAAAAAAAAAAAAAAAAAAACAAAAAAAAAAGAAAAUAAAAUGAAAACAAAAUGAAAACAAAGCAAACAUAAACACGUUUUGCGAUUAAAUUAAGAUUCAUGUCCCUCAAACAUACGCAUAAACAUACAGUAUACAUAAAUGUGUAUAUUAACAUAUUUA